UAUGUCUGGAUCAAAAGUUCUUCGAUCAUUGCUGCACGAGUUACGGCAAGCAGCUUCCGAUGCUAACAUAUGAAAAAAAUCUCUGGCUGCUCGUUAUAUACGGGCACAGUACAAAAGAUUUGAAACAACCGACCAGCAAUUGUGCAAAGCUCGCAAUGAGGCAAUCUUUUUGGGGCAGACGUACCUUACAUAUUUGAGUAGCCAACGUAAAUACAACGAGAUUUACAGGGAGUAUCAUGGUCGCGGCGAACGAUCCGUAAAAGAAACUGCAGACCUUGUGGGAUUCAAACUGCCUACGGAUCCUAAAUGAUGGGCAUUCUUCAAUUUAAUGAUAACAUUGAGACUUAAAUUGUAAAUGUCACGCACUUUUUAAUUAAAAUAAAGUGUGAAACUUGUAAGUUGCGAUAGCAUUGGCAUUUCUUAUAUUAUGUUUCGUUCGUAAGAUAAAAUAUUGUAAUAAAAAGACCACAGAGUCCACUGUUCUAUUAGAUUAAAAUUGUGC